GUUCCCUUUCACCCUCCGAGAAGAAUCAAUUCCAGCUAUGUAAAAGCACGACACAACCCAGCUUAGAGCCUCCCAUCUACCGCAAAUGGCUCUUGCAGCUCUUCGUUCAUUUGGUUUCUCAUCCAGGAUUCCUCGCACCAGGUCUACCUCUACCACAUCCACCCAUUCCCCACAGCGACGCUCGAUCUCCCUUUCAUCCUACCUCGUCACCCCCAAGGAGCUCAAUGAUGCGCUUAAGAAAAAUGUGAGGACCAAAAUAUCUACCUCACCGCGGGUGAUUCCGCUGUGUGCCACCUGGUUCAUGCCCAAUGAUCCCGCGAAACGUACGGGUAUUGAGGCCUUCAAAAAGUGCCGCAUCCCACAUGCCCGCUUCUUCGACAUUGAUGCGGUGAAGGACCACGAUUCCCCCUAUCCACACAUGUUGCCUAGCAAAGAAAGUUUUCAAGAAGCUAUGCAGUCCCUGGGAAUUCGCAGAGAUGAUCAAGUUGUGGUAUAUGACUCCGAGGAGGUAGGACUCUUCAGUGCGCCUCGAGUGGGCUGGACAUUGAGGGUGUUUGGGCACAGCAAUGUCCAUGUCCUUAACAAUUUCAAAUUAUGGGUCCAGGAAGGAUAUCCAACUGAGUCUGGAGAUGUUUCCCCUGAAGAGCGAUCUAACUACACUGUGGGCGACUUCACUCCAAGAAUGGUUGUGCAUUUCACGGAGAUGAAAGAAAUUGCCGAGAGCUAUGGCAAGGAGGGCUCGGAGGGUAUCCGCAUUCUUGAUGCCAGACCGGCGGGCAGAUUUACGGGGAAAGACAACGAGCCCCGCCCUGGCCUCCCGUCAGGCCAUAUGCCCGGUUCUACGAAUUUACCCUUCUCGGAGCUUCUUGAUGCCAACACCAAAGCAUUGCUUCCGGCAUCAGAGCUGCGCAAAAUAUUUGAGGCUAGGGGAAUUAAUCCGGCUGAACCAACUGUCAGCAGCUGUGGAACCGGCGUGACAGCUGCCAUUAUCGAGCUUGCUUUGAAAGAGGCCGACGACACCGAACCUGGAAAUAGGCGAAUAUACGAUGGGAGCUGGACGGAAUGGGCUCAAAGAGUGACGGAGGCUAGUGGCCUGAUUCAAAAGUCAUGAAAUCCGUCAGAGGCAACCAGGCCGUACGGGGAGCUGGACUUGCAUGAUCACGAAAUGUGUGUUGAUGAAAACUUCAUUCAUGAUUGUCGUUUGUAUUCCAUUGCUGUCUUUUGAUACAAUUGUCUCCGUUCAUUCUCUCGCGUUUAAACUACUUUUCUGACCUUUCCUGACUCCUAAACGUAACUCUCCCUGAGCCUUCAUAUACCUUAUAGCAGAGUUGUUCUGUUCUGUUCUUCGAAUUUGACGGCUGUGGCCAUACCAGCGCUU